AAUGACGCAAUCAAAAGUCGACGUUCACUCCCCCAGGCUUCUUAUCGAGUAACUAUACGACGGUUACUUGGCUUCAGUAGUUUUCGCCGUAUUUUUAGACUUCUCUGUGGUAGAAGAUAUUUGCCAUGACUGCACCACUGAAAGUGUGUAUCGUGGGCUCAGGAAACUGGGGCUCUGCUAUUGCCAGGAUCAUUGGCCACAAUGCACAAAAACUCCAGCGUUUUGCCACCAGUGUCAAGAUGUGGGUGUAUGAGGAGACUAUAAAUGGAAGGAAGCUUACUGAUAUCAUCAACACCGAACACGAGAAUGUCAAAUACCUCCCAGGGUACAAACUUCCAGAAAAUGUGGUUGCAGUGCCUGAGUUGCGGGAUGCUGCAGAAGGAGCAGACUUGCUGGUGUUUGUGGUCCCACACCAGUUUAUCCGAAAGCUGUGUGACGAGAUGGUCGGCUGUGUUUCUAAGACGGCCCGUGGAAUUACUUUAAUUAAGGGUAUUGAUGAGGGACCUGAGGGGCUGAAACUCAUCUCUGAUAUCAUACGAGAGAAGAUGGGUAUUGAUGUCAGUGUCCUAAUGGGGGCCAACAUUGCUAACGAGGUGGCGGCUGAGAAGUUCUGUGAAACCACUAUCGGGAGUAAAGUCUUGGAGAAUGGACAGCUUUUUAAGGAGCUUCUGCAGACUCCCAACUUCCGCAUCACUGUCGUGGAUGAUGCAGACACCGUGGAGCUGUGUGGAGCCCUCAAAAACAUCGUGGCCGUGGGUGCAGGUUUCUGUGACGGCCUUCAGUGUGGAGACAAUACCAAAGCAGCGGUGAUCAGGCUGGGGCUGAUGGAGAUGAUUGCCUUUGCCAGACUCUUCAGUAAAGACAGCUCUGUAUCCUCUGCUACCUUUUUGGAAAGCUGUGGAGUAGCCGACCUCAUCACCACCUGCUACGGCGGACGCAACCGUCGUGUGGCAGAGGCCUUCGUCACGACAGGCAAGAGCAUUGAGGAACUCGAGAAGGAGAUUCUGAAUGGCCAAAAGCUUCAAGGGCCACUAACAUCUGCUGAAGUUAACCACAUCCUCAAGCAGAAGGGCCUAGUGGAAAAGUUCCCCUUGUUUACGGCCGUGUAUCAGAUCUGCUUCGAGGGCAAACCAGUUCAGGACAUGAUCUCCUGUCUGCAGUCUCACCCUGAGCACAUGUGAGAGCCUCUCGGAGAUCUGCAGUCACGGUGGCCUCGAAAGCAACACAUCCACCAGCACCUCUGCCUUCUACUCAGUGAUGAGUCCUGAAUUGAUCAUACUUUAUCAGUUUACGCACAUUUACAUUUUAAAAGUUUUCAAGCAGCCUUUUAGUUUUCUUUUGGACUUAACUUGAUGGGUUGGGGUCAUUCUCAGGGUCUAACAGGUCACAAAGCUGCAAAACGUUUUCACUAAUUCCACUAAGUACAUGACGCAUCAAGUGAUAUCUACUCAUGUUAGUGUUUUUUAAAAACUAUUCUCAUUUAGUAUCGACUGCCCUCUUGUGGAGGGCAUAACUACUGAAUAACUAUAGAACGAGGAUCAUCUUAUAUUCCUCUUUUUAUCUCACCACCGACAAAAGUGACAGGUUGUAUCAUGUUUUUAAACUUCAGAAACCUUCGAAUUAAACCAGCUCAGUGAGGUUUUUAUCCAGUAUCUAGUGCUGUUGCUGGUCAGAGCCAGUGAGUACUGCACAUUUUUUCAAGUUCUCCAGAUAGCAGAAGGCAAUUUGAUGAACAUGCUGCUGAUGUGCUCACUGGUGAUGACCCUUUACACCCAAAUACAACUCUGGGGACCAUUUUUUCCUGCUGGGCAAAGAAAGGUUAAAUACAACCGUAUCCCCGUGAAACCACUUUAUACCUCUUACCUAGUAAUCUGUUUUUAAGGCUUUUUUAAAUAUUUUUUUACAAGUGUUUAUAUCACCUUAUCCUGGCUACCCAACAGUGAGAAUAACCCACCAGAAAAAAAACACUCUACUAUUUAUUUCACUUUAGUUUGAUUUUAUUGUGGAGGUCAGUUGGUGUCUUUUGUUCAACAGAAAAAGUCAGUUUUUUUGGUAUACACCUUACUGCCUAUUUCAUUUUUUUUUUUAUUUUAGGAAACAAGGGAAUGUAGCAGUGCAUUAACAUCACACUGUGAAAGGGUUUUCUCUUAUUUUUCUCUUAAAAAUCCUCGAUAAUCUGAAAUUAAAUGAAUUGCAGUAUUAUACUUGUUAAUGCUUUUCCAAAAUCACUUGUGCAUUAACAGCUGUUAUGAUCAUUUUUAACAUCAUCUUAUUCAAAUGUUUAAUCUUUUGUAUGCUGAUUUUACUAAUCAAUACUAAUUAACCAGCACCACUUUAGUUUGAUUUCAGUGUGAUGUUUGAUUUAAAUGUCAUGAAUCAGAUUUAGAAUAACUUCUUUCUGUCGAAAAGGCUCAGUUUGCUGUUUUUACGAGUUGGAAAGUCUGUGUGCUGUUAGACGUGUCCUUAUUUUCAGCCGUCACGUUUGAGUAAGCAUCAGGAAUGGAUGGCUUAUGUAUUUUUGCUCAGUGGUGCUCACAGAUAUAAUAUGAUAGUCCAUGUUAGCUGCAUGUGUGAGAUUCAUUUCAGACACUCCGAUUUCUAUGUAAGUAAUAUUGCAAUCUGUGUGUAGACGUGUAAACAGGCCUCACUCCAUGUAGUUUUGGUGCUGACUGUCAUAAUUCUAUAAACAGUUUGAUUUCCAUGUCAUUGUUAAACGUCUCCAAGCAACACUGUGUUCUGUUAUCGGUGCAAAAAUUAGAGCUUCUGUAACGUGUCAUUUGUUUGUGAAGGUGAAAAGUGAACUGACUGCGGAUUGGCAAAGUAAACAUUCACAUUUUCUCACA